AUGUUCUGCAAAGCGACCUUGAUCUCUGUGGCCAUCGCCCUUCUCGCCACCGCGAGCCCCGUCGUCCACGCACCCGGUGUCAAGGUUGCACUGGGGGAGCGCAGCAUGCUGACCCGUGCUGAUGGGACCUUCGACCACGAGAAGGCGAUCUUGGACGGCGUCAAGACUCAGAACAAAUACCAGAGGAACCUUCGGAACCUGCUGGCAAACAUGGAUAGUCUUCCCGAGGGCUCGGAGAUCAAGGACUUUGUCACUGUCCCUCCCUCCUCCGAGAAGCGUGCCAUUGGCAUCGAGGCCCUCGCUGACGACCAAGACGUCGAGUGGGUGGGUCCGAUUGCCAUCGGUACUCCCGGCCAGCCCUUCACCAUCGACUUUGACACCGGCUCGUCCGACCUGUGGGUCCCCAGCACAUCCUGCACGGACUCGAUCUGCACCGGCAAGAACAAGUACGAUGCGUCAAAGUCUUCCACCUCUGCCCAGCAGAGCAGCACCUUCACAAUUGUGUACGGUGACCAAUCGACUGUCACUGGUCCCAUCUACUCCGACGAUGUGGCUGUCGCUGGGCUCACUGCCACCGGCCAAUACUUCUCUCCAGUCACUUCGCUCUCGAACUCCUUCGCUAACAGCCAGCUUGACAGAAUCUUGGGCCUUGCCUACCCUCAUCUCUCAUCUCUCAGCGGGACCACGUUCUUCAACAUGCUGAUAAACCAGGGCAAAGCCAGUGCAGGUGAGUUCGGCUUCAUGUUGGCCUCGACUGGCUCGGAGCUGUACUUCGGUGGCACUGACACCUCAAAGUAUACUGGCCCGAUUGAGUACCACGGCGUCGACAUGUCGACAGGAUUUUGGCAGGCGACCAGCGCGAAGAGCCUCGUCGGCACCACGACCACAAACAGUGGCUUGAACACGAUCAUUGACUCGGGUACGACACUCAUGUACGCUCCGCAGGCCCAUAUCAGCGCCUUCUACACGGCGAUCCCAGGCAGCUUCGAAUUUGACUAUGAACACGGAUACUACACCUACCCCUGUGGCUCGCUUUUGACUGUCACCUUCAACUGGGGAGGCAAGGCCUGGGAGGUCACUGAAGCCAACUUCAACCUCGGUCCGGUUGGCAGUAACCUGUGCGCUGGCGCGCUCGCCGUCGCAAGCAGGAGCCUCGGUCUCGAUGACAACACCUGGCUUCUUGGCGAUGCGUUCAUGAAGAAUGUCUACACCACGUUCUUGUUCGACCAGAACGCCGUCGGCUUCGCCACCCUCAAAGUCUAGAAGCCAAAGGUACUCGAGUGUGCAGCGAUCGUGUGCCCUAGCUUGACUGAAACUGAAUAGUUGGUUGUUGUACUGGUAGGACUAUGGUAGCAGUGGCUCAUGUCUAGAACUUGCUCUGUCUGUUUGUACAGACUCUUCGAUUGCUGUGUGUAGGAUGCCUUGAAAGUUGAAGCCUUCCGUAGAGCAAGCCCAUCUCUGUUCC